AUCGCAAUCAGCCAUUCUACCCGGAAACUCCAGCACACCACGACCUGGCCAGUCGCCCAAUACUCUCACCAACCAGUCUGCGAGGGAAAAUAGAAAAAAUCAUUCAUACUCAUAAUAAUCACCCACAAUGCCCCUCGACACAAGCACCUACUCGCUCGCGCUCCUCCGCCUCGACGGCCGCCGCUGGAACGAGCUCCGCCACAUCCACGCGCAAAUCUCCACGCAAGCCGCCGCAGACGGAUCCUCGUACCUCGAAAUGGGCAACACCAAAGUCCUCGUCUCCGUCACCGGCCCCGCCGCCGAAAGCAAGCAAGGCGGCGGCCAACGCGGCGGCAUCAGCAACGACAAACUAGCGAAAAUCGACGUUGAAAUCAACUUUGCGGGCUUCAGCGGCGUGGACCGCCGGAAGCGCAAGACGGACAAGAAGACGAACGAGAUGGAGCAUUGCUUGCGGUCGGCGUUUGAAGGCGUGCUGUCGCUGCAUUUGUAUCCACGGUCGACGAUUACGAUUCAUGUCCAUGUUGUGUCGCAGGAUGGGUCGUUGCUGGCCGCGUGUCUGAAUGCGGCAACGCUGGCGCUGGUGGAUGCGGGCAUACCGAUGACGGAUUAUCUAGUUGCGUGCACGGCGGCUUCGUCUGCGUCGGCAGAGGCGGCGGAUAAUGCGUCAGCGGAUGAUCCGCUGCUGGACUUGAACAAUCAGGAGGAGUUGGAGUUGCCGUUUUUGACGGUAGCGACGCUGGGGGAGAGCGAUGAUGUGGCUGUGUGUGUGAUGGAGAGCAGAGUUCGCAUGGAGAGGUUGGAGAGUAUGCUUGCUGUGGGGAUCGAGGGAUGUAAGAGGAUGCGCGGGAUAUUAGAUGAUGUUGUAAAGGGCUAUGGAAAGCGAUUUGGAUGAAAGAGGGGGUAUGGUGCUAUUUUCAACUUAAUACGUGUCGAGCGCCGUAGAGUGUCACUCAGCACUCAAGACACAAGGCCGACAGCAACCCGCAAUGGCCAAGAAGAUUUGUGGCUAGAGCCGUAGGCGAUGUGAAAAGAGGUGGCGUGCCUCAAGUCUCCAGGAGGAUCUGCUUCGCAGCAGUGCACUCAAUGAAAGAGGUUGCUAGAGCGGGGCUGGAUGAAGGAAUGAAGGGCUUCAGCACGACGUGUAAAUCGUUGGAAGCUCGCAAUUGAAACUACAAAGUCAUUUGAUCGAAAUCACUCGAUUUACACCCC